AUGGAGUCCGUUCUCCUUCAGCCGAUCAUCUCGUCGAACUUCAACAAAUGCGACGGGAAGCCUGUUCGUCUCGGUAAGGGAAACGUUUGA